AUGACUUUACAUAAAUAUUCAUGCAUUGCAAUUGCAUUAACGGCUCUCCUUAUGGGCCUGUCAAUCUGCUCGGCCCACAACCCCAGCCCUAACAACCCCGUAAGCAACACUAAACUCGCCGGAGAUAAAAUAUCCAUAACCGGUUGGGGUCGGUUACGCCCGUUUCCCCCUAAGAGCAACUCGAAACCCCCGAGAGAUAAAAUAAAUGUCGGGCUUGAAAGAAAUUGGGCCGGUUCAGGCCCGUACCUCAGCCCAAAUAUCCCUAGAGAUAAAACAGCCCACCAAACGGGAGGCAAUUGGGCCCAUUCGGGUGGCGGGGACUCUAAGUGGGCCCCGCAAGACGGCGGCCCGUACUCCGGCCCAAGGUGGAUACCGCCGUCGGGCGAGCCUGUUUACUGCCGCCCGGUAAAUUGCGUCAAUCCGUACAAUUGCCCUGGGUUUACGGUGUACUUGAACCAGAUUGCGGGAGCUGCUUACGACAUGUCCGUGGAUGCCACGCGUCAGCAUCAUGACGUGGCUGAUGACGGCAUGCCUCCUGAAUCGAUGCGGAAUAACUAA